UUUCGAAAAUAUUCAGAACGUGGCUAGUGUCAAACAUCGACUACCACGGCACAUACAACGUACUCGUUUUAGCAGUUCUAGCGUUCAAUGGCACAAUAGGGAAACAAUAUCUCCGAACUUCUUUCCUACAGUUGGCUACAGUUUCGUUGAAGUGUGUUCUGAUUUGUCCGAAGCUUGCACUAUUCACGUUUACCGUGCCAUCGGGCCUGGCUCAGUUGAUAAUCUCUUCUACGCAGGCCAAGGAAAAUGGAAAAAGAAAAUAGAAAGACUCCGUAGGAAAAGCAUGAUGCAGUCAGUACACAAAUGGUGAUGUAAAACUGACACAAAGAUCGUGAAUUAUGUGUAUCGCUAAUCGAUGUUUCGCGGAGCUUAUCAAUUGGUGUUUCUAGCUUCCAGGCGAAUGUGUGCUAAGUGUAAUCAGUAGCCACGCAAUCGACCUUCAGGCAUGCCUCAAAACACAUCCUACAGCCGGCAUCAAAAUUCAGUGAAAACCACGAACAUUUUAUUUUUGUGAAAUUACUACCCAUUGCCUUUUUCCAAUAACAACAUGCUGGCAUAGGUUGGUUUCGCAUCUCUUCUGUUACGUUUCUGUACGUACUGUGUAUGCAUGUUGCGUGUCGUCCUUGUGUGCCCUCUGAACACUGUUCCCGAAAGCGAAAUAACCUAUAACCAGGCACAGGAGCAGCUACAGUCCUGUCCGGCACUGAAAUGUCCUACACCGAACUGGAAAGUGGCUACCAGGGGCUAAAGCAGGCUUCAUCCAACGAUGGCACCGGGAGUGCAUUGCAGACCCCUUCCGGAAGACCCGGUUUCUAUGUGGGCGAUGAGGGUGAUCUCGAUCCGACGGAUGGACUCGAUUCGGACGACUCGUCCACUUCGGGCAAGCAGGUGGUGGUGGCCGUGUGCGCCAUGUCCAAGAAGUCGCAGUCGAAGCCGAUGAAGGAGAUCCUGACGCGCUUGCAGGAGUUCGAGUACAUCCGGAUGGUGGUGAUCGGCGAAGAUAUCAUCCUCAACGAACCGGUCGACCGGUGGCCGCUCUGCGACUGCCUCAUCUCGUUCCACUCGAAGGGUUUCCCGCUGGAGAAGGCGAUUCAGUACGCACAGCUCCGCCAGCCGUACGUCAUCAAUAACCUGCACAUGCAGUUCGACAUUCAGGACCGGCGUCGAGUGUACGCCAUAUUGGAACACGAGGGUAUCGAAAUACCGCGUUACGCGGUUCUGGACCGUGACUCGCCAGAUCCGAAGCAGCACGAGUUGGUGGAGUCGGAGGAUCACGUCGAGGUGAACGGGGUUGUGUUUAACAAGCCGUUCGUCGAGAAGCCGGUGUCGGCGGAGGAUCACAACAUCUAUAUCUACUAUCCGACGUCGGCCGGCGGCGGCAGUCAGCGGCUGUUUCGCAAGAUCGGCAGUCGGAGCAGCGUCUACUCGCCCGAGUCGCGCGUGCGCAAGACGGGCAGCUUCAUCUACGAGGACUUCAUGCCGACCGACGGCACGGACGUGAAGGUGUACACGGUCGGGCCGGACUAUGCGCACGCGGAAGCGCGCAAGAGCCCCGCGCUGGACGGUAAGGUCGAACGGGACAGCGACGGCAAGGAGAUUCGCUACCCGGUGAUCCUGAGCAACGCGGAGAAGCUCAUCUCGCGCAAGGUGUGCCUGGCGUUCAAGCAAACGGUGUGCGGGUUCGAUCUGCUGCGCGCGAACGGCAAAUCGUUCGUGUGCGACGUGAACGGGUUCAGCUUCGUAAAAAACUCGAACAAGUACUACGACGACUGCGCCAAGAUACUGGGCAACAUGAUACUGCGCGAGCUGGCACCCCAGCUGCACAUACCGUGGUCGGUGCCGUUCCAGCUGGACGAUCCUCCGAUCGUGCCCACCACGUUCGGCAAGAUGAUGGAGCUGCGGUGCGUGACCGCCGUCAUCCGUCACGGCGACCGCACGCCCAAGCAGAAGAUGAAGGUCGAGGUGCGGCACCAGAAGUUUUUCGAGAUCUUCGAAAAGUACGACGGCUACCGGUACGGGCACAUCAAGCUGAAGCGCCCGAAGCAGCUGCAGGAGAUCCUGGACAUCGCCCGCUCACUGUUGGCCGAAAUACAAACCAAAGCGGCCGAUUCGGAGAUCGAGGAGAAGCAAAGCAAGCUGGAGCAACUAAAGAGCGUGCUGGAGAUGUAUGGACACUUUUCCGGCAUCAAUCGAAAGGUGCAGAUGAAGUAUCAACCCAAAGGGCGUCCGCGUGGCUCUAGCUCAGAUGAUGCGGAUGCACCGAAAGAGCCGUCUCUGGUACUGAUUUUGAAAUGGGGCGGCGAACUGACGCCGGCCGGGCGCAUUCAGGCCGAGGAGAUGGGUCGCAUCUUCCGGUGCAUGUACCCGGGCGGACAGAGCCGACAGCCGGGUGCAGGCGAAGGUCCGGGCACGCAGGGACUCGGGCUGCUGCGACUGCACUCAACCUAUCGGCACGAUCUGAAGAUCUACGCCUCGGACGAGGGGCGCGUACAAAUGACGGCGGCCGCCUUCGCCAAAGGCCUGCUGGCGCUCGAGGGCGAACUGACGCCGAUCCUGGUGCAGAUGGUCAAGAGUGCCAACACGAACGGGCUGCUCGACAACGACUGCGACUCGAGCAAGUACCAGAACAUGGCGAAAUCGCGCCUGCACGAACUGAUGCAGAUCGAUCGCGAGUUCUCGAGCGAGGACCGGGCCGCGAUCAAUCCGGGCAACGCAAUCAGCAUCAACCUGGCGAUGAACUUCGUAAAGAACCCAGUCCAGUGCUGUGCGCACGUGCACUCGCUCAUCCGCUCGCUGAUGGCGGUGGUUGCCGUCAAGCGGGACGAUCCUAAGACGCGCGACGCGGUGCUGUACCACGGCGAGACGUGGGAGCUGAUGGGGCGCCGCUGGGGCAAGAUCGAGAAGGACUUCUGCACCAAGAACAAAAGCUACGACAUCUCGAAGAUACCGGACAUUUACGACUGCAUCAAGUACGACCUGCAGCACAACCAGCACACGCUGCAGUUCGAUCUCGCCGAGGAGCUGUACAUCUCCGCCAAGUAUCUAGCCGACAUCGUGAUUCCGCAGGAGUACGGGCUGACCACGCACGAAAAGCUCACGAUCGGGCAGGGCAUCUGCACGCCGCUGCUGAAGAAGAUUCGGGCAGACCUGCAGCGCAACAUCGAGGAGCUCGGCGGCGACGAGAGCGUCAAUCGGCUCAAUCCGCGCUACAGCCACGGUGUUUCGAGCCCGGGCCGGCAUGUGCGCACCCGGCUGUACUUUACCAGCGAGAGCCAUAUCCACUCGCUGCUGACCGUGCUGCGCCACGGUGGCCUACUGAACGUGCUCACCGACGAGCAGUGGCGCCGGGCGAUGGACUACGUGUCGAUGGUGUCCGAGCUGAACUACAUGUCGCAGAUCGUGAUCAUGCUCUACGAGGACCCCAUGAAGGAUCCGAGCUCCGAGGAGCGCUUCCACGUGGAGCUGCACUUCAGCCCGGGUGUGAACUGUUGCGUACAGAAGAAUCUGCCCCCCGGGCCCGGCUUCCGACCGCACAGCCGUAACGACUCGGUGACGUCAAAGAACGCGAGCGGUGAUGAAGAUACGACGUCGCGAAUCGACGAAGAAAACGACACCGAAGAGGAAAGUUCGUUGUCAAACAAUUCCUCCCUGCACCACACGCCUUCGAAAACGCCUACCCAUGGCGGCGAAAUGGCUCGUCAGAGCAUCAGCGCUUUCGGUAGCGCCGGAAUGCCAGUGAAAGAGCGCCGUAUCAAGAAGGUCAAACCGUCAUCGCCGAUCCCGAUCGGCUCGUGCCAUACCGUGUCCGGGCACGAAGCGAUGGAUCUGGCCAAGCGGCUGAGCGAAGAGCUGGCCGUUCAGCAGCAGCAGCAGCAGCAACACCAGCAGCAGCAGCAUCAACAUCAGCAGCUGCACCAGCAGAAUCAGCAGCAGCAGCUUCACGGCCAUCAUCACACGACGACGGGCUCGUUCGGUGCGACGCCGAAGGACAUCGUGCGCCCGCUCAGCCCGGACUCAGAGCCGCGGGCACGCUCGUUCGAGCACCAGCCGCACCAUCACGCCGCCACGCACUACAGCCACCCGCACCAUCACCACCAUCACCACCAGCAUCACGGGCACGGCAAGGCCGCCCAGCUGCGGUCGAAGUGUAAAGGAGCACUGACCGUUGUGACGGCCGGCGAACAGGCACGCUCCGCGGGUACGCACACGACGAAGCGUGAAGACGGUGGUGUGGGCUGCGAUGACCACCAUCAGGCCACGCCGACGACACCGGGAGGGCCAGCGGCAACGGCAGCAGCAACCGCAGUAACGCCCGACGGGCCCGCCGAAGGUGGUCACCAGCAUCGGCUGGAGGGCGCUACCGGCGGCUGCUGCCUGUACGGUUGCUGCGAGGCAAGUCCGGCCGGCUACGGGGCCGGCCGGGCGGGGGGCCCCAGUGGCUCGUCCUCCGCCGGCUGCCUCCGCGCUGGAGGCGGCGGCGGAUGCUGCUGCUGCUGUUGCUGCUACAGCGGCUAUGGCAGCUCGUACUGCUGCUGCUGCUGCUCGACGCCCUCGUCGUCCACCGGUGGGCUGCACGGUGUCGGGGUUGGUGGCGGGGUAGCGGCGGCAGGCCACUCGACGGUGGGGGGGAGCGCGUCGGCGACGUCGGUGCGACGCCAGCGGCACAGCAUUGCCGGUCAGAUGAGCUACUUUAAAAUGUUAGGUACCUUCAGCAAGAAGAUGGCCACCAGCACCAACAGUCUCUUCAGCACCGCUGUCAUCAGUGGCAGCUCGUCGGCGCCCAACCUGCGGGACAUGAUACCGAGCACCGCUUCGCCGUCGGGUUUUGGUGGCGUGCCCCCGAUUCGGCCCCUCGAAACCCUGCACAACGCCCUUUCGCUUCGCCAGCUCGACGCCUUUCUCGAGCGCAUGACGACGGGGCCACUCUUCAAGACGCCGGCUUCAUCACCUCCGCCCAAGCAUCCAUCAAUCCUGGCCGCGGCGGGGAUACCGGCCGCCUCGUCGAUGCCGGUGACGCUCGGAACGAAGCGAGCCGAGCAGCCGGAAGCGGCCACCGGUCAGAUCGGUCAGCUGCCCACCAACUCUGGCCCGCCGACUUCGACGCCCGGUGGAGGCGCAGGUCCGGAGGACAGAAAUGCCCGGGCCGAGCCGGCCACGAGCGGAAGGAUCACCGGUACAGCUGCCAUCGGCGGUGGAUACGCCGGAGUGCAGCAGAGCUGGAGCGAUCACUCGAGCAGCAUGACCAGCAGCAUAAGUGCACUGUCGAGCGGCGGUCCGUCGUCGCCGAACUACUCGGAGGUGUACUCGCGCGGUUGCCCGAGCAGCGACAUGUCCGCCAGCAUCACCAGCAGCACCGAUGGCAGUCUGGCGGCGGUGGCGGGAACCUCGGCGACGGUGGUGAUGGGCGCAGGAAGUGAGCAGCUGGCCGGCUUGUCGCAUCUGUUUGGUCAACCGGGCGUCACCCCGGCGGCCCAGCAGCAGCAGCAGCAGCAGCAGCGUCUCGUCCUGCAGGACAGUGUGCUGGAGAGCGAUGGGGAGGAGCUGGACUUCUCGAGGGGAGCGGGUCGGGGAGUGAUGCGUGCGACGGUGACGGACGAGCUGGAUGGUAGUCGGAGGCGCAGCUCGACGCUGGACAUCAGCGGAGACCUGACGCCGGUCAGCGUGUGCUCCGACUGGGACACCAAUACGAACGAGGCGACCAAGGGAUCGACCACCAACACCAACACCAACACCAACGAUAUGAUCACAAACACCAACACGGAGGAGGACGACGAAGAUGCGACCAUUUCGACCGACACCUGCCUGAGCACUGGCGAGCAGUCCGCCGCCCAAACGCUGGCAGAUGUCAAACCGAUGGCGGUGCAGUCACCGUUCACGCUGGACGAAAAGCUGGCCAAGCUGCUGAUAGGGACGGCACGCGGAGGUGCGAUGGGACCGCUCGAGCCGGUGGAAGCGGGCGGCAGCGGUGGCGGGGGUGGUAAGAUCGACAACCGGGUGCGCAGCGCUCGCAUCCAGCGCCAGAUCAGCCUGUACGAGAAGGACAGCCGGACGGAGGCGAAGAACCUGCAGCACGAGUGGGACUGGGCGGACGGCGGCGGGAACAAGUUCGGCGAGGGUGUGGCCAGCGGGACGCGGCGCACGGGGACGGACACACCGACCCGCCGCUUCCACAUGUCGUUCGACGAGCUGCGCAAGGAGCUGCCAAGCAACGAGCGGAACCUGCUCAGCAGCCACCAUCACCAGGUUCAGCAUCAGCCGCCCGCCCUGCGACAACCAGCGCAGCCGCCCGCACCCCCUACGUCCCACGCGGAGGUGCCACACACACCCGGUGCGCUGCUGAUCCGCGAGGGCUUCAUCGAGCCACCGAGGUUGACGCGCGUCACCAAGAGCUUCCACGGCAAGACGGACUACCAGCGGUUCAGCUUCGAGCAGCACCAGCCGGAAGUGGACGACGGUCGCCGCUCGAGUGACAGCCCGCGAACCGGCAUCGCCCCGAACCGCUACAACAAGAACAGCAUCCGGCAGCAGCAAUGUGGUGGGAGUCGCUUUACGACGUCGCUCGUACCGGAACCACUCCGGGACCAGCCUCCGGAACCGACGACGACGGCGACGACGACGACCACGACGACGACAACGACGACGCAGCGCGUUCGCGACGAGGCGGAACAGGAACCGCACGGCUCACGCAUGUCAAAGUAGAUCCUGUGCGAGUUGAGCCACCUUUUGGUAUCCUUUCGGGGAUACUCGAUUUUCGUAGGACCUUUUUCCGUUAUGUCCGCAAUUCUAGUAGGUGAUUGAACUAGACCGUUAGUGGAUGGUAGGUAAAAUUGUACAUUGUCUGCUUUCUCGCAAGCCUUUAGCAUUUCGACAGACGACGUGCAACCAAUGUGCGACCCUCUGCAAUGUCUUAUCAACCGAUUGGAGAAUCAUAAACAUUAGUUUGACUCUUCUUCUUUUGUAGCAAAUGUGAUAAGCUAAGACUUGUUUAGUAAGGUGUGCAAGGGUUUUGCCAAAGCAAUUUUAGUCUCCUUAGUCUUUAAUUAUAGAAAUUUCCAAUCAGUCAGUGAAGAGUACGCUUUGCAGGUUGUUUUUAUUAUAUCCUGGAGCUGCUGUGGGAUUGAGGGAGGCAAAAAUAUAGUCGCAUUUUACCUAUUUGCAGCACAGUUGUUUGUAGAAACUAAUGCCAAGUUGUACAUUAGAGCAUAGAAUACACGUUA